AUGUUUCUGAGUAGAUGUGUUCAUUCUAUUUAUUCAUUUUUAAUAAAAUGAAUCCAAUUUUUAUAUAUCUCUCAAGAUGCAAUGACAACAAAAACUAGAAAAGACGCAUUAUAUUUUCGGAUCGAUCAAUUUUGGGUGGGGCUUAUAAUUUUGUCUCGGUGAAUGGUGCCGUUCUAGAUUGAAAAUUGCCCGUCUAAAACGUAGUCGGGCACAUCUUUUGACAUGAACAAUUCGAUUUCCGUUUAAAAACUUCAAGUACGAACAGAGAAUUUUUGGGUUAGGCAUUCAUUCAAUUGUGUUAUCAUAUCGUUAAAACAAUCGUUUCAUUUGAGUAUCCAUUAUCGCUCAUCCUCGUCAAUUCCGUAAUAGUACACCGAAACAAACUGUUGAAUUUUGUAUAGGUGACUUAAUAAAUAAACACCAAUUUGAGCUUAUUACCGAGUUUUGAGACAUUCGUAAAAUUUAUAUCGGAAGUACGAUAUGUGGCAAAGAAAAGCUGCAGCUCGCCAGCAAGAAGCUGAAGACAAAUCGCUAGCUCGAAAACUCGCAGAUCAAGCCACAGAUCCUCUGGAAAAAUUACGCUAUCUUUGUCUCGCGAGAGGUUCUACAGGAAUUUUAGGUUUGGGAAGAGUGUUCCGGCGUAUGGAUGAUGAUGGAAAUAAGUCAUUAAAUUACGAAGAGUUUGCGAAAGGAAUUGAAGAAUCGGGCCUAAAACUAUCUGAUGAACAAAGCAAAAUUUUAUUUUCACGAUUCGAUAAAGAUAACAGCGGAGCAAUUGAAAUGACUGAAUUUAUAAUCGCUAUUCGCCCGCCCAUGUCUCCUAUGCGUAUCAAGGUUCUCAAAGAAGCUUUCAAAAAAAUCGACCAAACUGGUGAUGGAGAAAUCACUCUUGAAGACUUGAAAAAUGUGUACUCUGUCAAAAUGCAUCCUCGAUAUUUAAGUGGAGAAGAGACCGACGAACAAAUUCUGAAACAGUUCUUGGCUGUAUUUGAACAAGAUGGUAUUAUUGAUGGAAAAGUAACCGAAGAAGAAUUCAUGAACUAUUAUUCCGGUAUAAGUGCCUCAAUUGACAACGACAUAUAUUUUGAUUUAAUGAUUCGUCAAGCGUUUCAACUUUAAGAAAAAAACAUGUUGAGAAAGAAAGGGAUAGGGAGAGUGGAAUGGCUUCAAUUACUUAUGUAUACCUAUUUUAAAGGAAUAAUCAACCUCAUCAUGACUAGGACAGAAAAAUUCUGAAUCUGGAUACGUAGGUAUUCCAGAAUAAUACGUCGACUUUUACGCUAUUGGUACCUAUUUUAAAUUUUAAUGUACAAUUUGUGCUGUACGUAUGUGUGUAGUUUUUUUGGGGCAAUCUUAUUUCAAAAUUUUCAUUUUAUUAUUACCGUACGUCUAUUUAUUUUUACUUUGGUACAUAUUAUUGUUCUUUUUCUUUAUUUAAUGUUCUUAUCAUUGUUUUUAUUACAAUUGUAAUACAUUUUUUCAAAAUAAAAGCACAUUAAUCGUU